ACACACUAACACCAUCUGUCACCAUUUACAUGGGAGUCAGCUACCGGACUGGGCUGCUGGGUACUGACGGGCACCGGGCGGCUGCUGGAGGGGAAGUCUGUGUCAGUGAGGAGAGGCUGGACUCCGGGGUGCCUAGAGACGCUGCUCGGAGGCUGGAGGCUGCCGCAACCGACAAACGAGCUGUGAAAGCCCCGCACACUGCUGAUCGGACAGCCUGCUGAUCCCUUUGCGUACUGAGAUAUUUGGCCUUGCCGAGCCGCCGUAGAGAUGGGAGAUAACAUGUCCAAGCGACUGAAGUUGAUCUCGGCUACAGACGCAGAGAUGGAGGAGCGCUCUUUUUCAAACCCAUAUCCCGACUGGGACCAAGGAGGCCUCACCUCCAACUCUGGAGCGGAUGUAGUUUGCAAUGACCCCCUUGAUUCGGAAGGAAAGGUUAGCACAUCCUUUCAGAAGAAGCUCCAGAGUAAGAUCAAAGAUCUCCUUCAGCAGAUGGAGGAAGGCCUAAAGACAGCCGACCCCCAUGACUUCUCCACCUACACCGGCUGGACAGGCAUUGCAUUGCUGUACCUUCAACUGCACCGGGUCUCAAAUGAGGCCUCCCACCUGCAUAGAGCCCUUGACUACGUGAAGAGGACCAUGAGGAUCCUGAAUGGGCGCAAAGUGACAUUUCUAUGUGGUGACGCAGGGCCUCUGGCAGUGGGUGCGGUGGUCCACCACAAACUGAAUAACACGACUGACAGCAAAGAGUGUCUGUCCAGGCUUCUUCAGCUUCAGCGGUCUGUGUUGAGUCCAGACUCUGAUUUACCAGAUGAGCUGCUGUAUGGUCGUGCCGGAUACCUUUAUGCUUUGCUGUAUGUUAACAAAGAGAUCGGCGCAGACACUGUGGAUGAGGACACCAUUACAAAGGUGGUCACAGCCAUUGUGGAAUCUGGUAAGAACAUGUCAGCAGAGCAGAAGAAGACUGAUCGCUGUCCACUCCUCUAUGAGUGGCACAAGAAGCAGUACAUCGGCGCUGCCCACGGCCUGGCCGGCAUCUAUUACAUGCUGAUGCAGCCUGGAGCAAAAGUCCAUCCAGACAUCCUGUCAGAAUUGGUUCGCCCCAGCAUCGACUACGUCCGCCACAAGAGGUUUCGUUCAGGAAACUUCCCUUCAUCCCUGAGCAACGAGAGCGACCGGCUGGUCCACUGGUGCCACGGAGCGCCCGGUGUUAUCCAUAUGCUUAUCAUGGCCCAUAAGAUUUUUAAAGAAGAAAAGUACCUGAAGGAGGCUGUAGAGUGUGGUGAGGUGAUAUGGCAGCGGGGCCUGCUCAGAAAAGGCUACGGUAUUUGCCAUGGAACCGCUGGCAACGGAUACACCUUCCUGUCUCUCUACAAGCUCACCAAGGAGAAGAAAUACCUGCACCGCGCCUGCAAGUUUGCCGAGUGGUGUUUGGACUACGGGACACAUGGGUGUCGUAUCCCAGACAGACCAUACUCCCUUUUUGAAGGUAUGGCAGGAGCCAUCCACUACUUAUCGGAGAUGGAAAACCCAGAAGCUUCGUGUUUCCCUGCCUUUGAACUUUGACCUGACAGCCCCUUGACUUUGGAUUACGAAGGGGAGGCUUAAUAUUUUCAAGUUAACUUUCCUUUAAAGGUACACUGCUCAAAAAAAUUAGGGGAACGUUUAAAUCACACAUUGGAUCUUGAUAAAUGAAAUGCUCACACUGAAAAUCUUUAGUGACAUAAAUUUCGUAAUUUUCUUGAGAACAAAAUGAUCUACUAACAGUGAGAACCAAUGUCAUCAACCCUUUGCGGGUUUGAAUUUAGAAACCACACCAAAAAUCAAAGUUUAAAAAUAGAAAUCACUGGCUCAUCUGACCUGCGUCAUAAUGUGGCUCAGCAGUAUGUGUGGUCCCCGUGAGCCUACAUGCGCUCUUAGCUGGUGUCUUUAAAUCUUGUUCUGGACUUGGAUCAUGGCAUCAGUAAACUUCUGGACAGUGUGUAGCACUAUUUGGUGGGUUUCGAUGGACCAGUGCAUAAUUUUCCAGAGAAUCUUCAUAUCUGAGAAGCAUGGGAGGCUAUCAGUGGCAUCAGUGCCUUGAUCAUCCUGGAACUGCCUUCAUUCUGGCCAGUGGAGGACAGACAUUGUUGUGCACCAAGAGGAUCCCAGGGCUUGCUCCAGCAUGAAGUCUGACAUUAGAUAUGUGGAUUUCAUCCUGAUACCAAACAUUCAGGUCUGUUUCAGUAUUUCACAUGUGAACAUCCUCUCAUGUUCACAUGGGGCAUGUGGCAGACCUCCCAGUUUCUGUGGUAUCUGGGAAAAAUCAGUCAUGAGGAUUAAAAGGAGAGCAUUGGUCUGUGGCUACAACCUGCAAAACCAUUCCCGUUUUGGGCGUUGUCUUCUUGUUGCUUUUCCAUUGUUGCCACAUUCACCAAAACAGAUGAAAUUAGUUGACCAUGAUUUAUACUUACAAGACGUUUAAUUGACUGUUUUAUUCUGAGAUCAUAAAGUGUUCCCCUAAUUUUUUUGAGCAGUGUACUUUGAUAAAACUUUCAGCCUUGGUCAUGCAUAAGUAGUGACCAAUAUUAGACAUUCAGACUGGAAAUGCAAGUGAUUCAUUAUUUGUUGGAUUAAAGACAUGGUUAGCUUUUCUGUGAUUAAAAAUUUACAGGGAAUGUUUUUGGACAAAACUACACGUUCACUUAUGUAGGUGUAGUAAAAAUAAAAGAAGCAGUAAAUCGA